AUGUCAGACAACGAUUCCGACGCCCCUGAAGAAUUCACAGCCGAACAGGGUAUUCAACUAGACGAAGAGAUUCGAAAGAUUAAAAGAGAAAACACAAUUAGGGUUAAUACUGAAGAGAAAGAACGUCGGAGAAAACGGGCUCAAAAGUUAACACCUCAACCAUCCAAAGCUGCUAAAAAAUCUGUAUCAAUAACUGAAUCUGAAGAAGAACCAAACAAUGAUGCAGGAUUUCUUCCCGAAAGCAUUGUCCAACGAAACAAAGCUCUAGGAUUUCUUCCCAAAAACAUCGUCGAAAAGCUUGCUGCCCGCGAGAAACUUGUUUCCUUAACUGACACUAAUAAGGAGGAACAUGGAAUAAAGCCUACCAUUUCGAAGAAGAGAAAAUCCAAGGAUUGGGGUUUUGAACCUUGUAUUUUGAGCGAAUUAGGUCCUCCUCCAUGCUUACAGAGUGCCUUAGAUUUCUUGAAAGAAAGAAAAAUGGCAGUUCCGAGAUCGUCUGCUGUUUUGAAAAAUUCCAACCAAGCAUCGCGUGUUAUUUCUAGUUCUGGGAUCAUACCCCAGAAAUGA